AUGUGGUGGUGGGCCCUUCUUUUAGUGCUACUAGUCUUUAUAAUAACAUUUUACAAAAGCUGUUUUUCCUACUUCAAAAACAGGGGCAUUCCCUAUUUAAAACCAUCAAUCCCUUUUGGCAACGCCACUGAUUUUUUCUUAGACAAAGUUUCUUUUGGUGCCUUAUUCCGUGAUUGGUAUUUGGAAAUCAAGAAAAAUAAUUGGCCUAUUGGUGGAGCCUUUUUCUGUGGAAAACCCGUUUACAUACCAGUGGACAAUGAGAUAAUCAAGAAAAUCCUAGUUUCGGAUUUUCUCAUUUUCCCCAAUCAUGGAUUAUACAUUGACGAAAAGGUCGAGCCACUUUCCGGGCACCUUUUCAACAUGGAAGGUUACAAAUGGAAAAAUCUAAGGGCCAAAUUGCCAAGUGCCUUUACGGCAGCUAAAAUGCGAAGGAAUGUUGUGAUUAUGGAAGGUUUUACACGGGAACUUGUCAAGAGAUUAGACCAAAAUCAAUCAUUGGAUAUCAAGGACGUACUUAGUAGGUUUUCGAUUGAUGUUAUCAGCGCGUGUGCUUUUGGAUUACAAAGUAAAACAUUAGAAAAUCAAAAUGAGGAAUUAAUAGGACAUUCCAGGGCAUUUUUUGAUGUACAAUGGUCCAGAACUAAAAACACUUUAGUUGUUUUAAUACCAAGAUAUAUUUUAUCCUUUUUUAGAUUUAAAUUAUUUCCUAAAGAAACUUCAAAUUUCUUUUUGAAUCUAUUUAGAAGUGUUAAAGAACAACGUCAAGAGGAAACUACAAAAAGAAACGAUUUAGCUGAAUUACUUUUAGAUUUGUGCGAUAAAACCAAAGAUCAUUCAGAUUUUAGUGGAAAAGGCAAAAUGGAAGCUUUAAGUUUCAACGAAAUUGCAGCUCAAAUGUAUUUUUUUUUUGAAGCUGGAUUUGAAACUUCUUCAAGCACUUUAACUUGGAUUUUGUAUGAGUUAGCUGCAAACCCAAAUAUACAAAACAGAUUGCGACAAGAAAUAAAUGAGAUUUUGCAAAAAUAUAAUGGACAAAUUGUAUAUGAUGCUAUUAAUGAAAUGGAAUAUUUGGAUAGAGUUUUUGAUGAAACUUUAAGAAAAUAUACGAUAUUUUCAAUAUUGCCUAGAGUGUGUAUAAAAAAUUGGGCCAUUCCAGGGACUAAUUUAAAAAUUGAUGAAGAUUCAUUUGUAAUGAUUUCUAAUUACGGUAUCCAUCACGAUCCUGAAUAUUAUCCCGAACCUAUGAAAUUUGAUCCUGAAAGAUUUACGAGUGAAAACAAGGCAAAACGUCCUUAUUGUUCUUAUUUACCUUUUGGUGAAGGACCACGAAUUUGUGUUGGCAAACGAUUUGGUAUAUGGCAAACUAAAGUGGGUUUAGUUGCAAUUUUGAGAAGCUUCAAUGUAACUUUGAGCCAAAAAAUGAAGAUGCCUCUCACUUUUGAAACUGCCGGAUUUGUUUUAAAAGCUAAAGGAGAUAUUUGGUUGGAUUUUGAAAAAGUUAAUAAUAAUAAUGAUAAGUUUAUUUAG